CAUGGCGCUUAAACCUCGGGAAGAACCCUAGAGAAGAGAAGCAGAGGAAGCAGCGAUGGAGCGGCAGGAAUCGAGCUCGAAGAAGGGGGACAGGGACGAGAUCUUCGCGGACUGCUCCUUCGCCAGCCUCGGCCUCCACUCCGCGCUGUGCGACCAGCUCAAAGAACGGCUGGGAUUCGAAGCGCCGACUCGCGUCCAGGCCCGGACGAUUCCCGUCGUCCUGUCCGGGCGGCACGUGUUGGUCAGCGCGGCCACCGGGACCGGGAAGACGAUCGCGUACUUGGCGCCGAUCGUUCAUCACUUGCAGAAACGCGAUCCUCGGAUCGAACGGUCCGAUGGAACCUUUGCGUUGGUACUUGUACCGACGCGUGAGUUAUGUCUGCAGGUUUAUGAAAUCCUGCAGAAGCUGUUGCACCGGUUUCAUUGGAUUGUCCCUGGUUAUAUUAUGGGCGGUGAAAACAGGUCGAAGGAGAAAGCAAGGCUGCGGAAAGGGAUAUCCAUUCUCGUGGCGACGCCUGGACGCCUUCUCGAUCACUUGAAGAAUACAUCAUCAUUUGUUCGUAUGAAUUUGCAAUGGAUAGUUUUUGAUGAAGCAGAUAGAAUUUUGGAGCUGGGAUUUGGGAAAGAAAUAGAGGACAUAUUAAACAUACUGGGGUCAAAGCAAAGUGAUUCUACUGGCGAGAAAACUGGAGCUUCAAGGGAUGCUGGAUUUCAGAGGCAAAAUUUACUAUUGUCUGCCACCUUAAAUGAGAAAGUAAAUCAUCUUGCUAAUAUUAGCUUAAAAGAUCCUGUUCUAAUUGGUCUUGAUGAGAAGAAGCUGCAACUACAUCCAUCACCUCAAAAAGUAGGAUCUUCAGGAUCUGACAUUGAUGAAGAAUUGGAAUUUCCCGGUGAAAGAGAAAUGUCACUGACGAGCAACUACAAUCUUCCGUCGCAAUUAGUUCAGAGAUAUGUGAAAGUACCUUGUGGUUCCCGGCUUGCAGUACUUCUGUCCAUUUUGAAGCACCUUUUUGAGAGAGAAGCCUCACAUAAGAUUGUGGUAUUCUUUUCAACAUGUGAUGCAGUAGACUUCCAUUACACAUUGAUCAGUGAAUUUGUGUGGUCUCCGCAUUCACAAGAAAAGGAAGUCAAGAGCAAGUUCUUGAGGUGCAAAACAUUUCGUUUACAUGGCAAUAUGAAGCAGGAGGAUAGAAGAAUAACAUUUCAGUCCUUUAAGACAGAGAAAUCGGCUCUCCUUGUGUCUACGGAUGUAGCUGCUAGAGGCUUAGAUUUCCCAAAAGUCAAAUGUAUAAUACAGUACGAUUCUCCUGGAGAGGCUACUGAAUAUGUGCAUAGGGUUGGCAGAACUGCCCGUUUAGAUGAAAGAGGGGAAGCUCUCUUGUUCUUGCAACCGGCUGAAAUGGAUUAUUUACAGGACUUGGAGAAGCAUGGUGUAAGUUUGGCAGAAUAUCCCAUGUUGAAGGUGUUGGAUAGUUUCCCAUUGUACGGCCAGAAGCUCCAUGUCAAGAAUUUUGUUUUAUUGGAUUUACAUCCUUGGGUGCUAGCUCUGCAAAAGGGACUUGAGCUCUUUAUUUCAGCCAAGGCAAGAAUACAUACACUUGCCAAGAGUGCAUAUUGCUCUUGGGUCCGUGCAUUUGCAGCCCAUCGAGGGGAGCUCAAGAGAAUUUUUAUGGUGAAGAAACUUCACCUGGGCCAUGUUGCAAAGAGCUUUGCCCUGAAAGAACAGCCAUCUUUAGUGGGGCAAUCAUUCCAGAAGCAAGCAAAGAAGAGAAAACGAGAUCAAAGGCUGAAGGGCUUGUCCAAAAGGAGGAAGGUCAGCAGGAAAACAUGAGUACUGAUCAGAAGCCAUUCUUGUGGACAUUUAAGCCUGACUGCCCCUGAUCUCGGAAAUUUUUGGGCAUGCUGGUGAUGAAUUGACGGUCUCACUGGUCUUCUGUGACCAUUCAAUGACACAAGCUGAGCUCACUUUUGGCUUCAGGGUUUCAUACUCAUUGCGAAAGAAGAAAGGAUCGAGAUAGGUUUAUGGAUGGUUAACCGUAGGCAAAAUUUUGAAAUGAAGUUAUGGGAAGUACAUUCGCUUAGUGGCUGCUACUUCUUUUCUGUAAAAGCUAUUUUUUUUUUAGCUGGGAAAAUUAUUUAUAGGUUGCGCUCCGGGUAUAUGAUCUAGCCCUGGAGUUUAAGAUUAAGCGUAAGUAGAGUCACAUCCAUUUUGUGUGCUACUGGCUGUAAGAGAAAUUUCAAAGAACUGAAAUGUGAUGCUGGAGCACGUAUACUGUUGCCAGCAGAUUACGUACCUUCGCUUUCUCGCUA